AUGUCACAGAGCCACCUGCUGGUCGUUGCAGAAAUGAGAACAAAAAACAGCCUUCCAGAUUUUCCGUACCUUCAGGUUGCAAGUUUCAACAAUAAUAACAUCACCGACACCGAGGGAAUCAGUCUUCCUCUACUGGAGUACCUUAGCUUAUCUUACAAUAAGAUCAAUAGAGUUACUGGCUUGAACGCUUCAGUUCUAUCCAACCUACACACAUUAGAGCUGAGAGGGAAUGGACUAACAAAUACAGAUGGGCUGGCAAUCCCAACACUUAAGAACCUGUUUCUGGCAGAAAAUUUCAUAACAGAAAUAACAGGAUUGGAGGUGUUAACACACCUAACAACUUUGCACCUACGAGACAACCUCGUUCAAUCCUUGAGUGGAUAUAGUGCAAACAUGAAAUCACUGCAGUAUGUCAAUCUGAGAAACAACAAAGUGUCCGACUUGAUGGAAGUCGAUAAACUGAGUUGUCUACCUAGGAUCCGAGCAUUGAUACUGUCAGAAUGCCCUCUAGCGGAACAGGAGGAAUACAGGAUUGAGGUUCUCAUCUGCCUGCGACGGCUGGAGAGGCUAGAUAAGUUUGAGUACACAGAGGAGGACCGUAGAGAGGCUGAGGACCUGUAUGAACAGAGACAAGAGAGAGAGAUCACGAGUGAGAACGCAGCCGGAUAUUAAAGCCUGCACCUUUCCCCGAAGAAAUUUUGCUGUUAUUUUUUCAAAGUCGCGUUCCACUUGUCCUCUGUGUGACAGUAAACGCUGCCUAGAGAAGAUGGCUCUAUGCUUAUGCUUAAGUAAAUCUAAUGAGGCGUCGUGCGGGAUUUUGCGGGAGUUGGCUACUUAAGCUAGUGCAAGGGUUUGUAUAGAACUCCCCAGAAUUUGUUAAAAAUUAUCUCCGUAUGAUAUCAUACCAUAUCAUUAUCGUUAUAAUAAAAUGUUUAAAAGAAAGCCUCUCUUUAUUAAAAAUAUAUAGUAUAUCAUAGUUUUAG